UGUGCUAGGAUAGGAAGUGCAGAACAACAUGCUCAAAAUAGCUCCUCACCAAAAUAGCAAAAAGUCUGAUUUAAAACUGCGAAGCUAUCACUGUUAACUGUUUUAAUGAUUGUUGGUAUACUUAGCACAGCAUCACUAUGCAGAAAACUGCUUGUACCAUAAGAGUUUUGUGGAAAAGCCCCGUAAUCCCAGCCAUGUUGACUUUGUGCAGCAGAGCAACUAACUCACUGUCGAGAACUGCUUUUAACAAUCUGAGACGACAAGCCUUGACAAACAAUGCCUUUCGAUCCAUGUCAAGUUUGACAAACUCUGCGACGACAAUGUUAGCAUGGCAGAUUGAAAGCUAUGGUGGGAACGACAAGUUAAAACUCGUUGAGAAACCAAUUCCGUCGAUUACCAAGCCUGAUCAAGUCCUGAUAAAAGUGUAUGCAAGUAGCGUUAACCCCCUAGAUAUAAAGCUGAGGAGCGGCUACGGAGCGAGACUUCUGAACAAGGCAAGGAGAGUCAGUCCAGGGGGAGAGUUUCCCCUGACCCUUGGACGCGACUGCUCGGGGGUCAUCGUCGACAUGGGAAAGGACGUCAAGAAAUUUGAGAUUGGUGACGAAAUCUGGGCAACUAUCAAUCAGGUCAACCAGGGAGCGCAUGCUGAGUACGUUGUCACAACAACAGGCGAGAUGAGCCACAAACCCAAGAUCUUGUCCCACAUUGAGGCUGCAUCGAUCCCCUAUGUUGCAAUCACGUCGUGGAGCGCGACAUACGCCAUCUCGAGGUUCCGCCCGGAGAAUGCGGUGGGGAAGAUGGUUUUGGUGCACGGAGGAUCCGGAGGUGUAGGAUCCUUUGCUGUACAGCUCCUGGCAGCAUGGGGCGCACGUGUCAUCAGCACCUGCUCUACUGAUUCCGUUGACUUUGUCUACAGCCUUGGUGCCCAUCACGUCGUCGACUACAAAACCACCGAUCCCGAAAAAGAACUCCGAAAACUUGGCCAGUUUGACCUGAUAGUAGACACGGUUGGCGGUAGCGUGGAAGAAUACUCGUUGAGACUCCUAAAUGGAGCCAAAGGGGCUAACUAUGUCACCUUGGUGACACCCUUCCUGGAUAUGAUCGAGGAGAAGGGCCCUGUCCUAGGAAGCCUUGCUGCUAGCUUCUCGCUGAUCAAGAAGGCUCUGUCGACGAUCAAGACCGGGAGCAAGUACCGCUGGGCUUUUGCGACACCUAACACUAAGGCACUGGAAGAUGUUGCAGCGUUGGUUCAGAACCAGAAGAUUCGACCUGUUGUGAAUCAGGUGUUUCCGUUCAACGAGGUUCCUGACGCUUAUCAGAAAGUUGAGAAGGGUCCCGCAAGAGGGAAAGUUGUCAUCGCUGUUGUGAACGAGGAAAAAACUGUGUCCCCAAAACGUGUGAAUAUCUUUGAAAAUGCUUAAAAACAGACCUGGAAUUACAUGCAGGCCUUCGUCUCCGUUGCCCCUGGUCUUGGCCUUUGUGCCCCUUCAAAAGUUUCCUAA